AUGACCCAGAAUCACAUCCACCCCCCGCACCUCAGCAGCAGCAGCAGCAAUGACGGGGUCGCGCAGGGCCUAGCCAACGGCAACGGGCCGCUGAAGCCGUCCGGUAGUGGUGAUGGUGAUGUUCUCGGUGAGAGGAGUCUCGAGGAGGUCAGCUUCGAGAUCCGCGACAAAGUCGAAGCCUUCCUGGCCACGGAGGCGCCCACGGCGCUGCUGAAGAAGGUCCAGGGCCAGGUGCGGGAGGCGAUGGGUGUAAUUGAAGACGCGCUCCGGCGACCCGAUCAACUCUCCCUCUCCUACAACGGCGGCAAGGACUGCCUCGUCCUGCUCGUCCUGAUCCUCGCCUGUCUUCCUCGACGAUACUCCUCCUCCUCCUCCUCCUCCUCCUCCUCUCCCGCCGAUGAGACCAACGACACCGCCAACGGAUUCCCAACCACUCUCCAAGCCGUCUACAUCGUCUCGCAGCAUCCCUUCGCCGAGGUCGACUCCUUCGUCGAGGCCUCGUGCGGCACCUACCACCUCGACCUGAAGCGCUACAGCCUGCCCAUGCGCGCCGCCCUCGACGCCUACCUGCAGGACCGCCCGUCUCUGCGCGCCAUCUUCGUCGGCACCCGCCGCACCGAUCCCCACGGCGAGCGCCUCACCCACUUCGACCCCACCGACGCCGGGUGGCCGGCCUUUAUGCGCGUCCACCCCGUCAUUGACUGGCAUUAUGUCGAGAUAUGGGCGUUCAUCCGCCAGCUUGAUAUCCCCUAUUGCCCGCUGUACGACCAGGGAUACACCUCCCUCGGCGGGACACAAGACACCUUACCGAACCCGCACCUCAAAGCGGAGGGCGGCAAGACGGGCUUCCUCCCCGCGUAUGAGCUGGUAGAGGAUGGCGAGGAGCGGCUAGGACGAGACCGGUAG